GCCCCGUACUACCGUCAACAUGCGUUUGCCCAGUUCAUCUUUGUCAUCACAGUCCAGUAUUCUAUUAAUGGAAAGCAUUAGAUCAUCUGUGACGGCUGGCAGCGUUCGACCCCUGUAAACGGCAUUGCUGCUUGAAAUUUCUUCUUGGAAGGCGAGGAGAAACAUGAAAAUGUUCCAGCGUGUGUGUGAGUGAGUCUGUGUGUAUGUGCGUGUGUGUGUGAAACUGUCUUCCCCUUUCUCUCUUUGUCCCUCCUCCAAAGUAAGACUCGCGCCGGAGCGCUGUAUGCAUGUAUCCCACUGCAAACAGGAUGAACCACAACAACCUUCACUCCACUCUCACGUCCAUUUAACCCCAUAUUCGGUACGGCCGGCCGGAAUCCAUGCUACCCUGACACACGAUAUUGCAGUCCCGUCUCCCCGACAAUAUCCGCACUCAUUCCCCACUGAAGCAGCAUGCCCGAGACGGGAGCGGCAGCAGCAGCCGCCGCUGCAGCCGCAAGCAGCUCCACUGACACCGAGAGCUCACGGCACAGACACCGAUCACAAGAGGGCGAAAAGACAGAUCCAGCUGCUGCUUCUCAACAAACGUCCUCCGGGGUUUUGGACAAGCUGUUUGGAAAGCGGCUCCUGCAGGCUGGACGGUACAUCAUGUCCCAUAAGUCCUGGAUGAAGACAGUGCCCACAGAAAACUGUGACGUCCUGAUGACUUUUACAGACAGCACAGAUGACCACACACUCCUAUGGCUACUGAAUCACAUCCGCCUGGGUAUUCCCGAACUUAUAAUCCAGAUCCGGCACCACAAACAAACACGGGUCUAUGCUUUCUUCGUCACGGCAACCUACGAAAAUUUACUGCGCGGUGCGGAGGAGAUGGGUCUUCGCAAAGCAGUGAAGCCGGAGUUCGGCGGAGGCACACGCAGCUUUUCCUGCGAGGAGGACUACAUCUACGAGAACAUCGAGAGCGAGCUGUGCUUCUUCACCUCACAGGAGCGUCAGAGUAUCAUUAAGUAUUGGUUGGACAAUCUGCGAGCCAAACAAGGGGAGGCCCUUCACAAUAUACAAUUCUUAGAGGGACAACCAAUCAUACCAGAGCUCAGUGCCAGGGGUGUGAUUCAGCAGGUCUUCCCCCUCCACGAGCAGAGAAUUCUCAGUCAGUUGAUGAAGUCUUGGGUCCAGGCCGUGUGUGAGAAACAGCCUCUCGAUGACAUUUGCGACUAUUUUGGAGUGAAAAUAGCGAUGUACUUUGCCUGGCUGGGUUUCUACACCACCUCCAUGUUGUAUCCUGCAGUGAUCGGGUUUGUGCUUUGGAUGCUCACAGAAUCGGACCAGACUAGCCGGGAUAUCUGCUGUGUGGUGUUUGCACUCUUCAACGUGGUGUGGGCCACCCUUUUCCUGGAGAGAUGGAAGCGCAGGGGGGCAGAGCUGGCCUACAAAUGGGGGACCCUGGACACCCCUGCCGAAUCUCUGGAGGAGCCCCGCCCUCAGUUUCGGGGCGUGAAGCGGUGCAGCCCGGUGACCGGCUGUGAGGAGUUCUACUACCCCCCCUGGAAGAGGAGGGUGUUCAGGUGGCUGGUCAGCCUGCCCAUCUGUAUCUUAUGCCUUUCCUUUGUCUUCCUGGCUAUGCUCAUCUGCUUUGAGCUGCAGGAGUUUGUGAUGGGGAUCAAAGAACUGCCCCGCGUAGCCAGGUUCAUCCCCAAAAUAAUGCUGGCCAUCACUGUGACCGCAUGCGACGAGGUGUACAGGAAGAUCGCCUGCUGGCUCAAUGACAUGGAAAACUACAGACUCCAGAGUGCCUAUGAGAAAAAUCUCAUCAUUAAAAUGGUUCUUUUUCAGUUUGUAAAUUCUUAUCUCAGCCUUUUCUACAUUGGAUUCUACCUCAAAGACAUGGAGCGUCUGAAAGAGUUGCUGCUGGUCUUCUCAAUAGCGCAGGGCAUUCUGAGACAGGUCAAGGAGAAUGUGCUGCCCUUCCUCUUCCUCAAGAUCCAGCUCGUGUUCAUGAAAGCCCUUCCGACCCUCCGGGCCACCUUCAGGUCCAAAAUGCUGGCCACUCUGCUGAUCAUUCGUCAGUUCUUACAGAACGUGAAGGAGGUUAUUCAGCCUUACCUGUACGAGCGGCACAAGUUGGGCGACCUGACGCUCCGGGCCGUGUGGGACCUCCUCCUGUCUGCGCUGCUCAAGUACGGACGCCUGGCAGCCGGGAAGGCCCAGCUCUCCCCCUCCGACCAAACCAUGCCCGGCCCGGGUCUGAGGGGCACGCGGCCUGGGAUCGGCCAGGCCGAGCGCCGGGAGAAGAAGUGUCUGAACGGGGGCUGCGGCGUUCCUGAGGAAGAGGAGGAACAGGAGGACAGCACGAGGCACAGCGAGGAGGAGAACGAGGAGGAGAGCCUGAUCGACUGCGGCCUGAAGCUGCGCAAGGUCAGCUUCAUCGAGAAGGUGGAACGGAAGCCCGGGGCCGUGGUGACCCAGGUGGAGGACAACUUCCUGGAGGAGGGCAGUCCCACCAUGGUGGAGAAAGGCAUGGACCCCGCCUCCGUCUUUGAGCUGUGCGACGAUGACGACGAUGACAACGAAGUCCCUGAGGUGAAGGAGGCCCCUAGGGAGGCCCUGCCCGCCCCGCUCCCGGCCGGCCCUGAGAGCACCGUCACCCUCCGGCACCGGAAGAGGGGGCGGAGCCUGGAGCGGGAGGACAGCAAGGCCAAGAGGGAGUCAUGGAUUGAACCCCCGGAGGAGAGCGAGCCCACCACCCUCACCCAGGCCGAGAUAGAGAGCUGCAUGCAGACAUAUGAGGACACCUUCCAGGACUACCAGGAGAUGUUCAUCCAGUUUGGUUAUGUAGUGCUCUUCUCCUCUGCCUUUCCACUUGCUGCCAUGUGUGCCCUCAUCAACAACAUCAUUGAGAUUCGCAGCGAUGCCUUCAAGCUCUGCACUGGGCUCCAGAGGCCCUUUGGCCAAAGGGUGGAGUGCAUCGGCCAGUGGCAGACGGUAAUGGAAGCCAUGGGCCUCAUUGCCAUAAUUGUGAACUGUUACCUGAUUGGCCAGUGUGGUCAGCUGCAGAGGCUCUUCCCUUGGCUCAGCCCAGAGAUGGCCAUCAUCUCCAUCGUCAUCCUGGAGCAUUUUGCCAUCCUCCUGAAGUACGUCAUCCAUGUUGCCAUCCCUGAUAUCCCCGGCUGGGUGGCAGAUGAAAUGGCCAAACUAGAAUACCAACGCAGAGAAGCAUUCAAGAGACACGAGCGGCAGGCCCAGCAGCACUUCCAGCAGCAGCAGCGCAGGAAGCGGGAGGAGGAGGAGAGGCAGAGGCAGGCCGAGUACCAGGCCCGGCGGGAGCGGGAGAGGGACGAGGGCAAGCCCGACUCUGGAGGGGGGGACCACCACCACGACAAGAGCCACGGGGGCAAGUCGCGGUCCGGCGGGGGCGGCGGAGGCGGUGGCGGCGACAAACCCAAGAGGCCGAGCUCUCUGCUGGCCAACAAUAACGUGAUGAAGCUCAAGCAGAUCAUCCCCUUGCAGAGCAAGUUCUCCUCCGGCACGGCGCGAUCCCCUCAGUCCCCCACUGGCAGCGAACCCAAACUCCCAGGAUUCCUCAGCUUCAAGUUCCUCAAGUCUCCAGAGACCAAGAAGGAGGCGGCCGCUGCUGCUGCUGCCGCCGCUAGCGGUGCUGCCACGGCGACCAUGACCAACCUGGAAAAGUCCCAGUCGCCCAGCAAAUCCUUCAACCCUGGGAAACUCUUUAACUUCGGUAAGUCAGAAGGGGGACUCUGCAUAAACGGGGCCCAGCAGUGUAAAGCUGGGGAUGCCUCCCAAGCCCCCGAUAAGCAGCCCACCAAGUCUGACCUGAAUGGUGUGCCUGAGGAAAUUCCCUCGCCCGGAGGAGAAGGUGGGGAGAACGGACAUUCGGCCGACUCCGAACCCUCUGGCCCUAAGAUCUAAUCCUUCAGAAACAACCACAAUAAAAUUUAAAAAAAACAUUCAAAACAAAGGAAGGCCGUGACUGAGGAGAAUUCCCAAGCCUGUUGUUUUUUUUUUUCUGAGCAAUGUCAGCCGGGCUUGGGUUGUCAUAAAGAUGAACUGAGAUGCGCGUUGAGCCUGCUGUGUGCUGAAACACCCGACAGGCUUUCCGGAGAAAUCCCCCUCCCCGUCUACACUCCCUUUUCUGCAAUACAUAUAGGAAUGCAUGAGCUGCGUUUCUUAUCCUUUUAAAGCCUUUUUUUCCUAAAAGGGAAGUGCAGUGUCUCUUAAUUUAUUCUAUAGUCUCAAAAUUGUAAGCAUAUAUCAGUGUUUUUCCACUGAAACGCACAGCCUGGUUUUAAAAAAAAAAGAAAGACAAAUCUGGUGUCUGAACCGCAGAUGUGACAUCUCCAAAAUCAUACUAAAAUCCUUCUUGAUCAUCACAGAAAUGAUCUCUGAAUAACCAUAGUGUUGAAUCUGAAUAGAUAACUGAAUGUUUCUAGGCCUGUUCUUUUUUAAUAUAAGAAGAAAGUUGAGUAAGCUCAACAGUGUCAAUCAGUGUCUCAAAUGUGAUUAGUACCACAAGCAAGACAAUUCAUACCUCAUACACUUCCAUUUAAGAAUUCCUGAGAAACCACAAGCUUUAUUUUCUAAGCAAAAUAAUCAAAAUGCUUUGUGUAUUUCCUCCCAGCCAUCUGCAAUAUAUAAAGAAUAUGAUGUUUUUCAACAGAAUGUAAGAAAAGGGGGUUUGUAGCUUUGGUGGGGAAUGAGAGGCACAGUUGAAAUUGAUGAGAUCGGGAACACACUUGCUAUGUCACCCUGUGUCUUUCUUAUCAUUGAGAGAGGGAGUGUGUUUGAGUGUGUGUGUGAGAGAGAGAGAGAAGAGUAGCUUCUGACAAGGAAGGCUUAGGGAACUAACAGAGCAUCACAUAUGGUUGAGCCAGUAGCUGUGUAUUUGGCUGGCUCACUGGUGGUGAAGUGCGGUGGUGUUGGUGGUCUUAAACUUACGAAUGCGGAUUCUCUUUCUAGCACAUUGAGUAUCUCUGUCACAACGACACAGGUGUAGCGUAAUGAGAGGCCUACAUGUUUUUAAGUUUUCACACAGGGAUGGAGUAUUGGCUCAUACCCCAGUCAGCCAGAGGAAAGGGCUACUGUGUGCCACAGGUAGAGUAGAGAUGUCCGUCUAUGCCUGGGACAGUUUGCGUCGUUUAUUUAAUAUGUGCCAUUACUUUUAACGUUCAGUUCGCAAGAAAGCCAGAAAGCGGUGAGGUAACAUUAUCAUGCACGGCUCACGGCAGAUUAAUAGAGUAACAACAAACAAAAAAAACGUUUGCACUAAACCCUGACGCCCUACAAGGAGAAAUAGUGUUGUCUGCAGGGGGAUGGGAGAAUACCAGCCUGCCUCAUAACAUAUGCAAAAGCUGGAAAUGUCUUUUUUUAUUGCAACAUGUCUCUUAAAUUUUUUAGACAUUCAAUCCAUUCUGUUGGAUUCUUGGUUUGUGCAUUUUGGUGCUGCUGUUCUUAUUUAUUAAUAUAGUGAGUAAUGUUUCAUGUAUUCCAGUCUUAGAUUAUGUUAAGUUUGUUUAUUUUUUAUGUGGACAUGGUUUUAUUUGUUUUUUUUUUUUUUUUAAUUAAUGAUUUGCCAAAGCAACAUCAAAUCCAGGACACUGGCAGGGCUUUUAAACCACAUCCGGAGCCAUACUUACGUGUUUAGUGUCAAUAUUAAAAAAUGUGACACUUUCCACUUGUCUUAUUUAAAAUGUAGAUUUCACACAUCCUACCACCUCCGUAGAGAGUCCCAUGGGGCAUAUGGAAUCCCACAGAUGAAACGGCUCAAUAUUCUCCAUCUCAGUAAACAAACUCAAUGCGUGAUUCAUCUGUGUUGCAAUUCCACUUUUGGACCAGAAGGUUGCGCCAGAAACAAGUUUUAAAAAGAACCCUGGUGACCCUGACAACAGCUUCAUUGUUAGAGGAAAGAUAUACAGAGGAUUAGUGCAGUUGGGCCUAUACAGCAGCUGUUUUUACAGGUCCGGCAUGUAGUAAUUUAAAGCAUGGAACAAGCUGAAAAGAAUCCAAGGAUUCAUUUGUGGCCUAAGUAUUAAUGAUAGGACCCAGACCAUCAUCAUAAUGCAUGUCGUCAGAUAAGUCUGCAGUGCAUUUCCUGUUUCCUCACUAACCCUAUCAAGGAACUUUGCAAUAAAGAGCACUGAACCAUAGUACAACAUUACUACUCUUGUCAAGAAUGCUCUCCUAUGCAUUCUUUAAAGCAGCAAUUUAAGUCAGAUGUAGUCUGACCUCCCUCUCAUUCGCAAUCUGAACAGUUUGGGCUGAUGCAGACACAUCUUUCUAAAAUAUAAAAUCUAAUUAAAUAAUUAUUCCCUAGCGCGCUGUAUCCUUAAGACUCUCAUCCAUGUCUGCUUUUAGGCUAGGUUUAGGCUAAUACCCCAAAAAUGCUAUCACCCCGUCUUCUCUCAAAUUAUGACUUAUAGUACUUACUGUACUAACAUUUGGCGGCAUAAGAAAACAUUCAUGACAAUGGAUUUACCCAUCUUCGAUGGUAAUGUGCGUUGGGCUUCAAGGCUAAUUCUUAAUUCAAAUAUUUCUGCUCUUAUAUAGUCAAACAUAAAUGAAUGAAAGAGACAGAGCUCUAUGAAAAUAUUCAGUUUUACUCAAACACAGAGGCCCACUGGAUUUCCUUACGGGGGUACGAGGCGGGCACACAUAAACAUGUUAAUGCAAUAAACCAAGUCAAAGAGGAUAUGCAUUAUCCCAGCAAGUGAAUGUCUUGCAUCAGUGGUCAUGAAAAAGGUUCAUCUUCACUGGGUCUGGAUUCUGCAACACGUUACUACUGUGCACUUAAUUCAGAGUUUGAAAAGAGACUAUUUGUGCUCUUGGAUGUUUUUUGGAUGUGAAUUAUGCGAAACUACUGAAAAAAGAAAUCCCUUGUGGUACGGUUUUGUUCAGUUUAUCGGUGGGUCCAUUGUUGGUUUUUGCACUGAAGGGUCAAAGGGAUGUGAAAUGAUUUAAAAGUAAGAUUUGAAUUUUGGGAUUUUAGUUCUCAGAGUAGCAUGAGUCAGACUUAAAUUCUAAACAAACAACGUAUGCUUGGUUUAUGUUUAACUGACAUGCUGUAAAUGAGCUUAAUUUUAUAUGGGGGAAGAAACAAGUGAAUAGGAAAGUAAGGGUAUUGGACCAUGAGGAGAGGUAGAAAAUGAGAAGGAAUUUGCAAUGUGAGAGUUCCCACCCAUUUCUUUACUAAUAAAAAAGCAAGUCUUCAUGAAAACUU